UCUUUUCUACUUUUAGGUAGAGAAAGAUGACACGUCCCAACAAGGAAGGUUUCAGGAAAUUUCCCUUCAACUUUUACGUGUAUGUUAACGUUUUCCCUUCAACUUUUCACUAUGACCCACACUAAACCGUGUGGCCACCACCCCUACCAGUAGAAGUAGUUGAUUGUCCAUCUCUCUCCUGUUUAUUUCCAUUCCUACCUCUCUUUCAACUUCCCUCUCUUCCUACUACUUUUGCAUUCAGAAUUUUGAGUGAGUUUUCUGCUUAUUUUCUUGUCAUUUCUCACUUCUCUCUGCCUCUGUUUUUUGUUUCUCUUUUUUGUUUGCAGAACCCAUUUUCCACUGGUAACUGAAUCUGAUUCAACAAUCAAAUCGAAUUGUCAAAUAUGUGUUGGUACUGAAUUACAUACCUGACCACGUUACUGUUCGGAUUACUCGAUUUAUAGCAACUGUUUUUUUUCUUUUCCCGAUGGCAUUGAGCACCCAAAGAGCCUCUGCAUCUUUUGUUUCGAAUGAAUCCGAUCCUCGAUGGAAGUAUGAUGUGUUUUUGAGUUUUAGGGGUGUAGACACCCGGAAGGGUUUUGUAUCUCAUUUAUACCAUGAAUUGUGCAAGUGCCAAGGAAUUACGACUUUCUUUGACGAUCGAGAGCUUGAAGGAGGAACAAGUAUUCAUCUUGAGCUCCCGAGUGCGAUCAAGGAAUCGCAUAUUGCAAUCGUUGUUCUCUCACCAAACUACGCUUCUUCCAAAUGGUGCUUGAAUGAACUUACAACCAUUCUUCAAUCCAUGGAAGCCAGGAACUCAGUUCUGCCAGUCUUUUAUGAGACAGAUCCAUCUGACGUUGGAAAUCAGAGGGGGUCUUUUGCCAAAGCCUUCGAUGAGCAUGAAGAAAAGUUCAUUAGUACGGAAGACAAGAUGAAGGUGACCCAGUGGAGAGAAGCUCUGAAAAAAGUAUCCAAAAUUUCUGGGUGGCAUUCGAAGGAAUCUAAGUGUGAAAGGGAGCUUAUUCAAAAAAUCGUCCAAAGUGUGUGGAGGAAAGUGCAAGCUACAUUCACAUUGUUAGAUUCUUCACAGAAAUUUGUUGGGGUUAAUUUUAGGCUUGAGCAACUAAGUUCGCUAUUAGCUCAUGAUGCCAAUGAUGUUCGCUUUAUAGGGAUAACGGGGAUGGCUGGCAUAGGUAAGACAACUCUUGCUAAGCUAGUUUAUGAUAAAAUCUUCCAUCAUUUUGAAGUUCAUUCCUUCCUAGGAAACAUUAGAGAGGUUUCUAAAAAAGACCGUACUCUAAUUGGUCUUCAAGAAAGACUUCUUUCUCCGAUGUUGAAGGAAAAGGUUAAAGAAAUUUGGGAUGAAGAGUGCGGAAUCAUUUUCAUUAAGAAGUGCUUACGCAAUAAAAAGGUUCUUCUCAUACUCGAUGAUGUGGAUGAUUUAAAACAACUAGAAGUACUGGCUGGAAAUCAAAGUUGGUUUGGUAUGGCAAGUAGAAUUGUGAUUACGACUAGAAAUGAAGGGUUGCUAGUCCAACAUGGUAUAGCAGCAUCAUAUAAGAUGCAGGGGUUGAAUUACUGCGAAGCACUUGAGCUCUUUAGUCUGAAUGCCUUUAGGAAAGAACAACCCGAGAAAGACUUUUUGGAACUGUCAAAGCAUUUCCUAAAAUAUGCUAGAGGCCUUCCACUAGUUCUUAAAACAUUAGGGUCUUUUUUGCAUACGAGAGGUCAGGAUGCAUGGAAGAGUAUGUUGGAUAAUAUUCAUAGAGUUCCUAAUCCAACAAUUUUCAAUUCACUCAAAAUCAGUUACGACGGACUAGAGGACAUGGAGAAGAGGGUUUUUCUCGAUGUUGCAUGUUUCCACAAAGGGAAGUGCAUGAAGCAAGUUAUUCCAAUACUAGACAAUUCUUUUGAAAUUUCUAGUAGUAUUAUAAUAGAUCUACUAAUUGAGAAAUCUCUCUUAACCAUUGAAAAACGCGUCCAAUAUGAUAAAUCAGCCAAGUACUUCAUAGGGAUGCAUGAUUUGAUACAAGAAAUGGCAUGGACAAUUGUUGGUCAAGAGUCUAAAGAGCCUGGUCUACGGAGUAGGCUGUGGCUUCCCGAUGAUAUUUUUCAUAUAUUCACGACCAAUACGGGAACGAGAGCUAUUGAAGGUAUAGGAUUACAACUACCUGAAAUAGAAGAGGUGCACUGGAGUUGUGAAGCCUUCUCUAAUAUGCGUGGAUUGAGGUUUCUAGAAUUCGACAAUUUGAUCAUUUCUUCAAGUCCCAAGUUUCUUUCAUGUUCCAUGAGAAUUAUAAUUUGGAGUUGGUAUCCUUCCAAGUCUCUUCCACCAAGCUUUCACCCGCGUUUCCUUACCGAACUAAGAAUGCGUCAUAGCAAACUUGUUCAUUUAUGGGAUGGAAAAGAGAACUUUCCCAAGUUGAAAUGUAUUGAUCUGAGCUACUCAAAUAAAUUGAUCGGUACCCCAGAUUUCACUGGUCUUCAAAAUCUUGAGGAGUUGAUUCUUAUGCAGUGUAAGAAUUUAGUUGAGAUUCACCCAUCUAUUGCAGUUCUUAAAAAGCUUAAAGUUUUGAAUCUUCGUGACUGUGAAAGUAUUAAGAGCCUCCCAAGUGAAGUAGAAAUGGAUGCUCUUGAGUCUUUAGUUCUUUCCGGAUGCUCCAGAGUGAAAAAGAUCCCAGAAUUUUCGAACCAGAUGAAAAGUUUGUCCACGCUUUGUUUACGUGGGACUGCGAUUGAGAAAUUACCGAUUGAACAUCUAGUUGGCCUUACUAGACUAAGUUUCAAUAAGUGCAGAAGGGAUGAUUGGGGCCUUCUCCGCUUAUUUGGAAUUAGAAAGAGCGAUGAGCCUUGUUGGGGUUUGGUGUUGGCUUCUUUAAAUCGUUUGCGUUGUUUGGUGCGCUUAUUCCUACGUUAUUGUGAUCUUGGGGAAGGUGAUAUCCCCGAUGAUAUUGGUUGCUUGUCCUCUUUGAAAAGGUUAAGUCUUAGUGGAAACAAUUUUGUUACCCUUCCAGCAAGCAUCAAAUGCCUUUCUCGACUUAAGUCUCUUCAGUUAGUCAGGUGCCAAAGACUUGAGCAACUGCCAGAUCUUCCGUCAAAUAGGAAAUUACACGUAAAUGUAAGUGAUUGUACUUCAUUGAAAAGGUUGGCGGAUCCAUCCAAUUUGUCUGAUUUUGCUUUCAAUUCGCGGAAUUGCAUUACAUUGGUGGAAGAUGAAAACUGGAUCAAAACAAUAUAUUCAAGGAUCGUGAAAUACGCCACUGAGAAAAUCUGUCGUAAUCAUAUUGUGUGCCCCGGAAAGGGGAUUCCCGAGUGGUUCAACAAUCAAACCUUGGGACAUUCGCUAAAUGUGGAGCUACCUCCGCAAUCAUGUAGCAGCUGGAUGGGGAUUGCUUUUUGUGUUGUUUUUGCACAACCAACUCUAGCUGCCCUUAAAGCGGAUGGAUUCUUGAUUCAGUGUUUACCUCGAACUAACCGUAAACAGAGUACAUGGCUUUUUAAAUCACCUCUUGUGUCUGAACAUCUUUGGAUAUUCUAUUUGCCUCGCAAAGAAUGUCUUCAAGAACAGUUUCUAUUUGAAACUUAUUAUAGGCUCGGAAUGAAUAAACCCAAAGUAGGCUUGAAUAUGGUGAAGAAGUGUGGGGCUCGUUUGGUGUACGAGCAAGAUUUGAAAGAACUCAAACGAACAUUGAAAAUCUUGGUAGCUUCAAGUCAAAGUCGUAGUUUUGACAACAAAGAACAUACCCGCAAAAGGCAGAAGGAAGAUAAAUAAUUGUUUCAUGCUUUUUUCAACCAUUCAAUGCCUCAGAGUUUACUCAGAAUCCAUCUUGCUGUCUUUUGGAAUGAAGCUUACGUUCUAGCUAGGUCAGUUUCACCACCCUUUGUCCGGUUCUUCUUCUUUGCCACAAUUCAGUGCUAGUGUUGGGACGUGGAAGAACGUUCAUGAAUGAAGAAGACGGUUAAGCUUGAAGGGAGUGUGCAGUCCGAGAUGCAAGUGUGCUAUAAACACCAGAUUUAACACUUGGAACACCGGCUUUCUCUUCGUCACCAACGAUGCAUCAAGCAUAUAUGCGGCUGCAAGUUUGAAGAUUUAUGUUAUUAUUAAACCGCAUUGUAUUUGUAGCAUGUAAUAAGUGUACAAACAAAGUAGGUAUUUUGAUUACUGAACCAGCCAGGAAUUUCACAUAUUGAAAAUGAGAGAGAGAGAGAGUAAUCAAUCGUCUUAAUUUUUUUUUUUUUGAGUGGAGUGAUAGUAUUAGUUAAAUGUUAUAUUAACUACCGAUGAAGUUUAAACCCACGCUGUUAUAUAAAAACAUAAUACAUUUUCAU